CUGCCAUUGCCCUAUAGCCACCCCUCAGCCCCAUAGCACCCUGCCAUUGCCCUAUAACCACCCUCAGCCCCUAUAGCACCCUGCCAUUGCCCUAUAGCCACCCUGAGCCCCAUAGCACUCUGCCAUUGCCCUAUAACCACCCUCAGCCCCUAUAGCACCCUGCCAUUGCCCUAUAGCCACCCUGAGCCCCAUAGCACUCUGCCAUUGCCCUAUAACCACCCUCAGCCCCUAUAGCACCCUGCCAUUGCCCUAUAGCCACCCUGAGCCCCAUAGCACUCUGCCAUUGCCCUAUAACCACCCUCAGCCCCUAUAGCACCCUGCCAUUGCCCUAUAGCCACCCUGAGCCCCAUAGCACUCUGCCAUUGCCCUAUAACCACCCUCAGCCCCUAUAGCACCCUGCCAUUGCCCUAUAGCCACCCUGAGCCCCAUAGCACUCUGCCAUUGCCCUAUAACCACCCUCAGCCCCUAUAGCACCCUGCCAUUGCCCUAUAGCCACCCUGAGCCCCAUAGCACUCUGCCAUUGCCCUAUAACCACCCUCAGCCCCUAUAGCACCCUGCCAUUGCCCUAUAGCCACCCUGAGCCCCAUAGCACUCUGCCAUUGCCCUAUAACCACCCUCAGCCCCUAUAGCACCCUGCCAUUGCCCUAUAGCCACCCUGAGCCCCAUAGCACUCUGCCAUUGCCCUAUAACCACCCUCAGCCCCUAUAGCACCCUGCCAUUGCCCUAUAGCCACCCUGAGCCCCAUAGCACUCUGCCAUUGCCCUAUAACCACCCUCAGCCCCUAUAGCACCCUGCCAUUGCCCUAUAGCCACCCUGAGCCCCAUAGCACUCUGCCAUUGCCCUAUAACCACCCUCAGCCCCUAUAGCACCCUGCCAUUGCCCUAUAGCCACCCUGAGCCCCAUAGCACUCUGCCAUUGCCCUAUAACCACCCUCAGCCCCUAUAGCACCCUGCCAUUGCCCUAUAGCCACCCUGAGCCCCAUAGCACUCUGCCAUUGCCCUAUAACCACCCUCAGCCCCUAUAGCACCCUGCCAUUGCCCUAUAGCCACCCUGAGCCCCAUAGCACUCUGCCAUUGCCCUAUAACCACCCUCAGCCCCUAUAGCACCCUGCCAUUGCCCUAUAGCCACCCUGAGCCCCAUAGCACUCUGCCAUUGCCCUAUAACCACCCUCAGCCCCUAUAGCCACCCUCAGCCCCAUAGCACCCUGCUAUUGCCCUAUAGCCACCCUCAGCCCCUAUAGCCACCCUCAGCCCCUAUAGUACCCUGCUGUUGCCCUAUAGCCAUCCCUAAGCCCCAUAGCACCCUGCUAUUGCCCUAUAGCCACCCUCAGCCCCUAUAGCCACCCUCAGCCCCUAUAGUACCCUGCUGUUGCCCUAUAGCCAUCCCUAAGCCCCAUAGCACCCUGCUAUUGCCCUAUAGCCACCCCUCAGCCCCAUAGCACCCUGCUAUUGGCCUAUAGCCAUCCCUCAGCCCCUAUUGCUCCUGCUGCCUUAUAGCCAGCCACCCCAUAGCCCCUAUAGCACCCUUCUUUCCUAUAGCCACCCCAUAGCCUCUAUAGCUACUCCUCAGCCCCAUAGCACCCUGUUGCCAUCUUAUAGCCAUCCCUCUGCUCCUAUAGCACCCUGAUGUCAUAGCACCCUUCCUUUAGUGCCCCAAUCUGCCUAUAGCGGCCCUGCAGCUCCUAUAGCACCCUACUGCUCCACAGCCACCCCAUAGUCCCUAUAAUGCACCACUGUCCCCCAAUAAAAACCUCUUGGCUCCUAUAACACCCUGCUGUCAUCCUAUAGCCACUCUAUAGCCCCUGUAGCACCCUUUUGUCCUAUAGCCAUCACCUAGUCCCAAUAUCCACCCCACUUGUCUACUGUCGCUAUCCAGUCUCUAUAGCUUCCACACAACACUAUUCUCUAUAAUAUCUGUUCAUCUGCCCUCCCUGUUCUGCUACCCAUCCCUCUCAGCCAUUUCCUCCUUCCAUACCACCCACUUUCUGCAGUACUUCCCCAUGAGCCAUUCAUCCAUUCCCUGUAGGUCUUAUUUUCUUCCAACCUGUCAACAUUUAUCUUCUGCAACAGGCAGCUGUUCCCUUGUCUCAGCCACCCUUUACCCCACAUAGCUCCACCGUUCUCUCACUCUGUACAUCUGGUAUCUCUCUUAGGUGUCAAACACCUUUGGCCCCAAUGGACGAGGCAGAAGUCUCUUAACUGUAGACAGUUUUUCCUGUUCAGUUGACCAUAUGAAGUCAAGAUUUUAAAGUUGUUUGGUGGCCUGCCCAAAAAUAAAAAUAAUGAAACAUGGCUGAAGAUUCUCAGAGAAACUUCCGCUCUGUCUACUAUGAAAAAGUGGGAUUUCGUGGUGUUGAAGAAAAGAAAUCAUUGGAAAUCUUACUGAAGGAUGAUCGGUUAGAUAUUGAGAAGCUUUGCACAUUUAGUCAAAGAUUUCCUCUCCCAUCUAUGUAUCGUAUCCUGGUGUGGAAGGUGCUUUUAGGAAUUAUUCCUCCUCACCAUGAAUCUCAUGCUCUAGUGAUGAAGUACCGAAAGGAACAAUAUUGGGAUGUGUAUCAUGCCCUUCAAGUAAUUCGGUUUAUCAAGGAUUCUACCCCACAGGUCGAAGUUUUCCUCCGCAUGCAUCAACUGGAGUCAGGAAGGUUGCCUCGAAAUCUGGCAUUUCCUUUGGAACCAGAAGAUGAAGUGUUUCUUGCCAUAGCUAAAGCCAUGGAGGAAGUGGUGGAAGAUAGCAUUGACUGCUACUGGCUGGUCAGUAGUUUUGUGAAUCAGUUAAACAACAAAUACAAAGAUUUCUUACCACAGCUGCCAAAAGUUCUUGAACAGUAUUUGAACAUGGAAGAUAACAGACUUCUGAUGCAUCUGAAGGCAUGCUCUGCAAUGAGCAAACUUCCUUACAACCUUUGGUUUAAGAAGUGUUUUGCAGGCUGCUUACCUGAAUCCAGUUUACAGAGGGUCUGGGACAAAGUUAUUAGUGGAUCCUGCAAGAUUCUUGUUUUUGUUGCUCUGGAGAUUUUAUUAACCUUUAAGAUGAAGAUAAUGGCCCUGAAUAACACAGAGAAAAUCACACAGUUCCUUGAAAAUAUUCCUCAAGAUAAUACUGAUGCAAUAGUGAGCAAAGCUAUUGAUUUGUGGCACAAACAUUGUGGGACCCCAGUACAUUUGGUAUGAGAACUUGCUGUAGUCAUCAGCUAUUGGAAGGACAUAUUUUCUGAUGGUCCUUCCCUGGAUUAAUAUCUAAAAUUGUUUCACAUUUUCUCUGUAAAUGUCAAGGUGAUGAAUAUGUAAAAGCAAUAGAAAUAAAGACAGUUGGCUUGAGCAGUUA